GGGGAGCUCAGUGGACGCCGGGGCCGGGGGCUGCGGGCAGGAGAGCCCGAGCAUGCCAGGGGCUGUCCCCGCGCCAGGUCCGCCUGCCUCCCAUUGCCCCUCGCAGCGCGGGGCCGUGUCCGGAAAAUCCCCUCCUCUCUGCACCACGCAGCCGGGACAGAACCCAGGAGUCCGGCUCCGACCACUGAACCCCACUCCCCUUCCGCUGCCGGAAAAGGACAGCGGAGUCCGGAUGGCCUCGCUUGAACCCCUAGACACCACCCUUGAACCCCUAGCCACUUCCAUAUGGGCAGCUAGAGCUUCCACCCCCCGCCUGGCUUUGCACGCCCCAGUCCCAUUCCGGAGCUAUGGAGAACCCAGGAGUCCGGCCUCCCGAGGAGCUCCUGCCUCCGGGCACGCAGUCAUGCCAGUCCUGAAGAACCUCGCUAAGCUGAAGGUGCCUGUGGGAGGCACUGAGGCCCUGAUCCUGCCCAGCACCAACCCCUUUACACCUGGCUCCGAGGAGGAGGAGGCCAACACCAGGCUGCCCAACGGGGAUGUCAGGGAACAGUGGUGCCAGCAGCGCCGGGCCACACUGGAACGGCUGGUGGGACUCUCACCCUUCCGCAAGAAGGGCCCCGAGCGUGGCUCCUUCCUGGGCCGCCUGCUGCUGGGGCCUGAGGCAGAGCCCAGCCUGCGGGUACCCAAGCACCGGAAGCCACGGCGCCGCUCUGAGGACUUCAGCCUGCUGCAGUGCCGCAAGCCCAGCCUUGGCGAGGCUGAGCGGGACAGCCCUGGUGACACCCUCCGGCGCAUGGCCUUCCUCAAGCUGGGCCGUGGUGCCUGGCCCCGCCGCGCCUCGCUGGCUGACCAGCCGCGCCCUGCCAAGGCACCUGAGCCAGGACCUGUAGCCGAAGAGCUGGAGUCGGAGCUGGACUCCGAGCCUGUCACUGAGGCCAAGGAGCCGCUGUCAGUGCUAGAGAUCCUGGAGCUUAUCCAACGGCGGGACCUGCUGGCGGCCGAUACCCAUAUCCUAGAGCUGGAAGCAGAAUGCGAGCGGGCGGAGGAUGGUGGGCGCCAGGCCAAGGAUGUAGAGCUGCUGUAUGAGGCACUGCUGCGCCAGCUGUGGGCACUGCUGGCUGAGGCGCUGCAGGCACCGGGCCCCUACAUACCUCUGGCGCUGCUGGUGGGCGUCUUGGAGCAGGAGGAGCUGGCUGACGAGCGCUGGCUGGUGGCGCGAGGGUCGGGGGGGCUGCGUCCACGGGCACUGCGGGAGCGCUGGGCCAAAGCAGUGGCACAGGCCGUGGGUGAGCGGCUGGGGCAGUGCGCCAAGGAUGCCCCUGAGGCCCUGCCCGCCCGGCUGGACCGGCUGGCGCAGUGCGCGGUGCGGGACCUGCGGGCUCUGCGCUGCUACCAGUUGGGUGUCUACCCCCCAGCCUACGGCGCCUUCGGCAUCUAUGCCCGCAGCUACCACCACGCCCUGGCCCAGCACCUGGCUGCCCUCGCCCGGCAGCCCCUCAGCAUCGCCGACCUCUACGCCCUCCUUCAAUGGCACUGCAACACCUACCACCAGGUGGUGCUAGGCCAGCCGGACAUUGCCCCCCUGCUCGGCGCCGAGGAGCUGGGGCCCCUCCUGCCCUUGGACACACAGCGCAGCCUGGAGGAGGCCUGUCUCUCUGCCGUGGAGGCCAAGAUCAUGGCAGAGCUGGCACGGGAGCUGCAGGCGGAUGAGGAGCAGUGGGGGUGCGAGCCGGGGAGCAAAGACGUCCGGGAGAGCCUGAGCAGCCGUGUGAUUACGGUGCUGCAGACGCACGUGGAUCGAGCUCCCCAGAUCACACCCGAGUUCGGGGCACAGAUGGCAAGGGGCUGCCUGGCCAGUCUGGCCAGCUUCCUGCAGAGCUUCCAGAGGAAGGUGGAGCGGUUCCACGCGGGGCAGGGUGAAGGCAGCCCCCCUGCGGAUGCCUACCUGGAUCGCACCAUUGCCCUAGUCAACUGUUGCCCCCCCUUCAGGGCCUUUGUGGAGCAGCUGGGGUGCUGCGACCCACCUGAGAGCAAGGACACCCAUGGCCAGGCCAGCGCCUGCUUAGACAGGGUGAGCCAGCUCUGCCAGCGGGCCCUGGCCCAGCGCCUGCUUGAGGACCUUAAGCCUUACUUCAACAAGCUGAUGAAGCAUAAAUGGCUGACAAGCUCAGAGGCCUUCGACACCAUCAUCGCCCUGUUCCGUGACUACGCCCAAAGGCUGCGCAGGAUGCGGCCCGAACCCUACCAGGAGCUGGUGGCUGAGCUGCACCGGCGGGUGCUGGUGGAGUACGUGCGGCCCCUGCUCCAGGUGCGCAUUGUGUGCACCUCAGCCAAGAUGCGUGCCCGCCUGGCCGCCAAGCUGAGCGACGAGGCCCGGCAGCUGCAGGACCUCUUCAGCCGCCUGGAGUCCACGGCAUCAUGGCUGAAUGCGGCUGUGCCCCACCUGGCUGACAUCGUGGGGCUGGAGGACACGGCAUCUGUGCAGAUGGAGGUUGGGCUGCUAGUGCGGGACUUCCCCGAUGUGCGGUGA